CGAGACUGUCUCUGGUGGGCUGACCUUGUCCUGUCGGCUCAUCGGGUCAUGCUGGACUGCUCGUGCGGCUGCCAAGGGAUAGUCUUGGGCUCCCCAGCCAUUCCUCCUCUUUGUUCUCCUGCUUUGUUGCUCAACUGAUCUCAAGCAGAAGCAUCUUGAAAGCUUGACUGCUUUGUGCUCGAGGCAUCUGCCGCCCAUCGACCAGACUCGGCACCGCUCUCGUCUCGCAACAGGCAACCUCAAGAUGUGCCGGCUCCUCUUGCUGGUGGCAGCCGCCUUGACGGCCACGGCCAAGACCAUUACCUACGACUUUGAGAUUGGCUGGGUUUCGGCCAACCCAGACGGCCAGUUCGAGCGGCAAGUGAUUGGCAUCAAUGGACAGUGGCCCAUCCCCACGAUCCGCGGCGACGUGGGCGACCGCAUAAUCAUCAACACGCUCAACUCGCUUGGCGACCAGGACACGUCGCUGCACUUCCACGGCCUUUUCAUGAACGGCACCACGCACAUGGACGGGCCGGUCCAGGUCUCGCAGUGUCCCAUCCCGCCGGGAGCACGCUUCACCUACAACUUCACUCUCCAACAACCAGGCACGUACUGGUACCACUCGCACAACAAGGGCCAGUACCCCGACGGCCUGCGCGGCCCGCUCAUCAUCAACGACCCAGAGAACCCCCACAAGGACCUGUACUCGGAGGAGCUCGUGCUGUCCGUGUCGGACUGGUACCACGACCCCAUGACCGACCUGAUCGCGGGCUUCAUGUACAAGGGUAACCCCACCGGCGCCGAGCCCGUGCCUGACGCCGCGCUGUGGAACGAGACCCAGGAUCUCAAGGUUGCCGUGCGCCCAAACACGACGUACCUCUUCCGCGUGGUCAACAUUGGCGCGUUCGCGGGGCAGUAUAUCUGGGCCGAGGGCCACACGAUGCAGAUUGUCGAGGUCGAUGGUGUGUACACGCAGCCGGCGGAUGCGGAGAUGAUCUAUCUGUCUGCGGCACAGAGGUGCAGCUUCCUGAUCACGACCAAGAACGACACGAGCGCCAACUUUCCCCUGGUGGCCAGCAUGGACACGUCUCUUUUCGACACACUCCCAGAUACCCUCAAUUGGAACGUCACGGCGUGGCUCACGUACAACGACACGGCAGACUUUCCUGGCCCGGCACUGGUUGACGAACUCAGUCCAUUUGAUGACAUCACCCUCGUCCCAUACGACCAGAUGGAGCUCCUUCCCGAGCCGGACCAGACCUUUGAGCUCAACGUCAUCAUGGACGACCUGAGCGACGGAGCGAACUACGCCUUCUUCAACAACAUCACCUACAAGCACCCCACCGUGCCGACGCUCUACACGGCCCUGACCUCCGGCGCCAACGCCACGUCGCCCGAGAUCUACGGCACCUACACGCACGCCAUGGUCCUCGAGAAGGACAGCAUCGUGCAGAUCGUCGUCAACAACCUCGACUCCGGGCGGCACCCGUUCCACCUGCACGGGCACAACUUCCAGGCGCUGUACCGCAGCGACGAGGAGGGCGGCACGUGGGAGGAUACGGUGGCCGCGGCGAGUGUAGACUUCCCCAAGACGCCGAUGCGCAGGGACACGUUUGUGCUGUACCCGGAUGGGAAUAUCGUGCUGCGGUUCAAGGCGGACAAUGCUGGAAUCUGGCUCUUCCACUGCCACAUCGAGUGGCACGUCGUGUCUGGCCUCAUGGCGACCUUUGUCGAGGCGCCCCUGGAGCUGCAGAAGACCAUCUCCAUCCCGCAGGACCACUAUGCCGCGUGCUCGGCGGACAACAUCCCCGUCAAGGGCAACGCCGCGGGUAACGUGGUCGACCUGUUCAAUCUGAACGGCCAGCCUUCGCCGCCGCCGCCGCUGCCGGAGGGAUUCACCACCCGCGGCAUCGUGGCCCUCGUCUUCAGCACGCUGUGCGGGAUCCUCGGCGUGCUGGUCGUCAUCUGGUACGGCCUGGCCGACGAGCCUGCCGUCCCGACCGCGGAACUGGCAGGGGCGGCCGCCGGCAAUGGCAACGACUUGGUGGUGAGGGGGCCCAGCAGCAGUGACGACGCGGUCGCUGGAGAGGAGAAGAGCGCAGGGGCGACGGUUCAGGGCCGGGUUGAUUCUGUCAGUGGUAGUGGUGGUGAUGGCGGUGUUGAGAGAGAGAGCGCUGCGAGCGGAGGGCGAUGAGCGACAGCUUCGACCUCUCUCCGCGUGAACCAGAUGAAGAGGGAGGGCCUAACGUCCGGUGCAAGUGCUGAUUUAAUGGGCCAUGCCUAGGAUAGACUUGACUGACCUGAGGGCACGAAGUUGCGACAAUUGUGCGAUAUUCUCGCGGCCCAGAUGUUAAUUAAAUGCCGCGCCCAGGACAACCGAAUCUUAAGGGUUGUCGCACUUUGAUUGAGGUCUCAAAAGGGUCCGACCGAGAUGAUGAAAACAAUGCUCUGAUGCUGGAUUGCACGCAACGCUAAAGAUAUGCUAAACUUUUGAA